AUGCGCAAUGCCGUGCUUCUGGCUUUCGUUUGCCGGAUCUAUGUUUUGUCGUCCGACCCUGCAGGAUUUUCUGGUUUGAGACCAGGUGUCCGGGCACGAAUCCGACGGACUGCACGGCGAAAUUGGGAUGAAGAUGCAGACGAGCUGCUUGGACUCACAGAGAAGACGAAAGAGAAUCCUUUCGACAUCCUACGAUUGUCCCGAAGUUCGGAGCAGGCUUCGGUUCGCCCCGCCUUCCGGAAGUUGGCCGCCGUCCUUCAUCCCGACGUCCCAGGGACCGGUGAUGCUGCUUCAUUUCGCAAGCUGCUCUGGGCAUACAGGGAGCUGUCCUCGCCUGACUGGCGUCGUUGGGCUCGGCAGCGUGCUCCGGACGUCAGCGAGGUCAGGCUUCCAGGCAUUGAUCUAGAGGACCUCUUCCAGGCACCUGGUGCGCAUCGCUGCCCGGAGUGCUUAGGCACAGCGCCAAUCGGUGCCAACAUGGCGCCAGUGGACGAGGAGGAAGCGAAGAUGUGGCAGGCCGUGGCCUUCCGAGGUGCCGUAGACAAAGGCGAUCUGGAGGAGGUCAACGAGAUGUUGGAGAACGGGUCCAAUCCUAAUUACAAGAUGCCCGAUGGCUCCAACUGGACUGUCCUUAUGCUCGCAUCGAAUGGGGGUCACGAGGAGCUCGUGCAAAAGUUUACAAAAGGAGGCAAAGGAGUCAGCGAUAAAGAUCCGCAAGGCUUCCAGGCCAUCAUGCUUGCCGCGAUCAAAGGCCACGGCAACGUGUGCCGGUCACUCCUCGAGAAAAAGGCAGAUGCGAACGCUUGCAACGAGGACGGUGAGACUCCGCUUAUGAUGGCGGCAGCCAUGGGCCAUCAGGACCUGGUAAGGCUUCUGCUGGACGCGGGAGCGGACGCAAAUUGCCAAGACAAGAAUUCCAUGAGUGCGCUGAAGAAGGCAAGCCGCUGGGGCCAUGUGGGCUGUCUCAAAACCCUGCUGGCUGAGCUGCCGAAUUUGGAUCUGAGAGAGAUGAAGCAUUGCCUACUCUUCGGCAAGCUCUACGGACACCCGGAGGUUGUGGCCGAGAUCCAGAAAGUCUUGGAGCCACCUGAGGAGGACGAUGCUGUGGACGCCGGACCCGAGCUGGAUGACUGGGAGGAGAUGUUCAGAAGGAGGCAGGCGGAGAAGGAGAAGAAGGAGAAGAAGGAGCAGCAGACCCAGACCAACUUGGUAAAACGUAUCCUGGAGGGCAGCUACGAGGAGAAAGGGAGGAACCACGGCCGGCCGGUUUUCCGGAAGUCAUUGGGGCAAGGUGAGAGCGUUGCCAUCUACUACUGGGACGAGAAAGACGGCGCUGAUUGUGAUGGUUGGUGGAUUGGUGCUGAAGUGGGUGGUGACAUGGUUUUUGCUUUCAACGUCAACCAGGCUUCUAUGCUCCCACCCAGAAGUGGAUGGAGGUUUCCGCUUCGGGGUCCUGUCGAUCGCUCCCUUUGCAUCCUGCCAGGGCCGGACGGGACCGUGCAGAUCCAGUUCGGAGACACCUCCUGA